AUGGGUUCAAAUCCUAACCCUCUGCCCCUACGAGGAGGCGGAUGGGAGCCCCAGGCCAGGGGUCAGGUCUGGCCUUGUCAGCGACAAACACCCGGGGCGGUCUGGACAGGGCUCCUGCUGCUUCGCCUAGGGAGACCCCUGCGCUGGGGCGCCCGAGGGCCUCUGGCUGGGACAGUCUUUGAUCUAAGGGACUCAGCCCCUAAGCUCCAAAAGCCUGUGUUCUGUGUUCAAAGCUUACUCCCGGUCCUGAGCCUCCGUGCUGAACCUUCAAGGGAGCAGAAGCAGCUGUUAGAAAUCCAACAGCUGGAGACUCGGAGCCCAGAGACCAUUCCUGUGCCACUUAUCCAUGUCUCCCUCAAAGGCGGCUUUCUGGAGGGGGCACGUGGUCUGAGCAGAGACAGUAUUCCUAGUGGGGAGGAGCCUCCGGGGCACCCCUUCCUUGGUGGGCUGGGCGAAGCAGGGCUUGGGGGGAAUAGGAAGGAAGAGAAACAUGAGAGGCACUGUGCUAAGACCAAAGCUGGUAUUCGGAGAGAGUUCAAAACAAUUGUGUCAGGCUGGGAGCUGAGCCUGUCUAUCUGUCCCACACCCCUUCUCAUCCUUUUCUGGCUUCUUCUAGCCCAGGUAAGCACCACAAAGAUCUUCAGGGACCUGGCUGCUGUCCCAUCUCACACAGCAUCCCAGCGCGUCCCAGUUAAAAGACAAGCUUCAGAGAGCACAGAGCUGGACUUCAAGGGCUGUCCUGUUGGGAUGAGGGUCUUUAUCACCAUCCUGUUGGCUGCUCUGCUGUGCCUCAAUCAAGGGAGUGGACAGAAGGAGAGAGAGUGGGCAGAUGAAAGCAAAGAUGACUAUUAUGACUAUAAGGAAUAUGAUGAAGACGACGACGAGGAGGACGAGGAGGAGGAUACCAAAAUCAAACACAUUCCUUAUGAAGGCUCUCUAGAAUGCUACACCUGUGAGUCAGUGCCCAAUGAGGAAAGCUGUAAUAAGAUCCAAACCUGCCCAUCUGCUAAGUCCUUCUGCAAAACCAUCAUCUCCAAAGGGAACGCAGAGUCCAAGUUCUUUACCACCUACUCGGCGUGGUGCUCAGAUACCUGCCAAGAAGCCACCAAGAUCAUAGACGGGACUCACGUGACCAUGUCCUGCUGCCAGUUUGACUUGUGCAAUCCCUUGUGGAUAAAAGGCCGAGUCCCAAGACUGAGAGCAAAGGGCUCCUCCAACUGUGGGGGCAUUCUGAUGAGUCUGGGGGUGGUCAUCCUGGGCAUGCUGGGGAGAGACCUCUGAGAGGAGCCACCCCAGGACUGCACUCUGCUGUAUGUCCCUCCCUCCUUCCAGAGCCCCAGAUGCCCCAUGCCCUCUGGCCCUUCUCCUCCUUGUCCCCCAAGCCCACAGUCUUUGUUUUGGAAAUGCUAUGUUCUACCAAAAUCCUUUUCUGCUCUAACAUUCUGUUUGUGUUCAGACCUCUGACAUGCUAGGUUCUCUGACAGUCCAUGUUGUAUGUUCUCCCAUUCCAUGUUCCAUGACCUAAAGUCUCUCUCUGCUCUGACGUUUCCGUGUUCUGUGUUCUAAGGUGUCUUCCAGCUCUAACAUAAUGUGACAGAAUUGCUUUCUCAGAUGGGAGGGCACCUAAGGAAGGAGGAAGCUUCCCUCAGGCCAGCUUGUCUGUCUCCGGAAACCAAGUUACAGGGCAGAAAUGUGCAGACUUCUAGGAUUGUACUCAAGUCUCCCUGGCGUCUCCCUGCCUCAGUCUUCCUGUAGGGAAGAAGAGAGGGUAGGUGAUGAGGGACAAUCUAGAAACCAGCUCCUGUAUCUUGGGGCCCAUCUUUAAUGCCAUAGCUCCAAAUGGGACUGUAGAACAAAGGUCUAAUGUGUGUUUGGGCGGUGGGGAGAGUCAUGAAAGAACAAAAUGUUUCCUGGGCCAGUCAUUUUUGAUAGAAAUCCCACCGACCUCAAAGCAUUUUUAUCCUUCCUGUCUAUCCUCAUGACCGGAGUACUGAUGUCUGAUAAUAAAGUUUUGGUUUCCUUAAUAGACAGCAGGAUUCAAAUCCUCCAAUGACACAAGCAUCUGACAGAUCCCUGCUCCUCUCCAUGACCUAUUUCCUCAACUUUAAAGGGAGAGAGCUAGACUGUGGUUUGUAAGAUCCCUUCCCACUCUGACAUGCUACCUGCCAGUUGGCCCAGCCAGAACUAGGAAUAGGCAAGGUAGGCAGCUGCCUAGGGCAUAACAUGCAAGGGUCAGAGGGAACAAGGGACACUUUUUCAUAUAACUUUUUGCAAAUGUAUAUAUGUUUAAAGCCAAAAUUUUAUAUUCUAUAGGUUAUUGGGAUUAAAUUUGUGACAGAUUAGUGCCUAGGCAUUUUAGUGAAAGUGUAGGAAGGCAGUAGCACAUAUUGGGGGGACCAUUUUCAAUAUUUGUCAGAGAUACACUCACAUCUUAUGAUUUCUCCAGGUUAAAUGUUAAAGAAUUCAGAGCUGGAAGGAAUCUUAGAGAGGUCCAAACCUUCCCAACCCCAUUUUAUUUAUUCUUUUUUUUCUAUAAUGUGAAGAGAUAUUUUGUUAUAACACAAUAGUUGUUACCCAACAAACCCAUUCACAUAGUACAUUCCUUGAAGAACAGUUUAUCAAUUGUUUCUCCCCAUGCAAUAACUUUUAUUUAUGUGUUUUUAAUAUCAGAACUUUCCCCAAGUAUACCACCUCUCCUUUGAAUUUGUUCUUUUAAAAAGAAAAUUUGAAGUGAAACCACAAAGUAGCUAUGCAAUAGUACAUAUAUUGUUCCUCACCUGUACUGCUCCACCUCUCUGCUCAAAGGAAGAAAGUGUUUUCCUCUCUUUUCUGUAGGACCAGGAUUAGUUGGUGUAAUUAAUAUAACAUCAAGAGCUUUUUGAUGUUGUUUUGUUUACAUUAUUGUAGUCAUAUAUAUGUUAUUCGCUUGGCUCUUCUCUUUUCACUCCGCUUCAAUUCAUAUGUCUUCCCAUGUUUCUCUGAAUUCUGUAUAUUUGUCAUUUCUUAUAGAGUAAUAAUAUUCUAUUGUGUUCAUAUACUAUAAUUUAGUCAGUCAUUCCUUUAUUAUUGGACAUUCACUUUGUUUCCAAGGUCCUUGCUACCACAAAGAAUGCUACUCUGUUAUAUAUGGUUAUAUAUUGCCAUUGGCUUCUGAGGGUAUGUACAAGUCUUCACUGUGUCAAAAAACAUGAAUAAUUUAGAUAAUUUUUUGCAUAAUUUCAAAUAGUUUCCCAUAAUUAAUCCCUUCACUUUAUAGGUGGAGAAAAACUGAGGCCUAGACAGAAGUGAAUUAUUCAAGGUCACACACGAAGUAGAUUAUGGAGGCAAGAUUCAAACCCACAUACUUGACUCUAAAUUCACAACACCAUGUUGAGUUCAUCUGUGAGAGGGAGGGACAACCCCACCUAACACAUACCAGGGAUCAGAGCAGUCACAAGACCUGAGGGGAGAAACCAUCCUAAGAAACGUGGGACAAGGUCCAAAACUUCGGCUGUUCUGUGACAUAUCAGGAUGUUCACAGGAUAACGGAUGAUACUCAACUGAUGCCAGUAAGGAUUGAGAUCAGAGAGUAAACAGAGAAAUAACAAUAGUAGCUUCCAAAUCUAUGGAGCAUUAAAUUCAAUUGAUAUUGCAUUCUAAAUUUUGUGUCAUAAAUCAAACCUAAAACCCAAGGAGUAAAACCUUAGAUAGAACAAGACAAGUUAAUUCACAGAAAGGAAAUGUUUCUUUUCUAUUCUUCUUUCUAUGUCCAUCAGAAAUUCCCCUUCCUCUUUCCCUUUUUCCUAUAACCCACAUCUUUAAAAUUUUCAAACUGACAACCUCACAACAACUUUGUGAUGCAGAUAGUUCAAAUAUUAGUAUUCUCUUUUUGCAAAGGAGGAACUGCACUUCUGAGAAGUUGUGGUUUGUCCAUAAUCAAACAGGUGGCAAAUGUUAGCAGGAUUUGAGCUCAGAUUUCCUGCCCCUAAGGCAGUACUCUUUUCAUCCUUCCUUUCAAGGUAACCAAACAUGGGGUCCAAAAUGUGGGUGGUAGAGCUUAAUAAUAAUAAUAAUAAUAAAACAGUCAUGGAUGCAAAUUAUGCAAGGAAGUUUUGGAACUGUGGGAAACAUUCCUCAGGGUACAAAAAUUUAGCAACUAAUCUAAAAAAAAAAGGAGG